AUGAAUGGAACCGAACGCGGCUGCAAAUACAACAAAGUAGACGGCCAUCGCUUCUUGGUAGUUAUGACGGAAUUCAAGGAUGCACCUCAGUGCGAAUAUCUGGUCCGCACAUCUAUGCCCAGCAUGGAAUCCGGCUUGUUCGGGCCUCCUACAGUCGCGCACAGCCUGAAAUCAUCUGAGAAGGACAAUAGCGAUAUUUGCAGCAACGUCGCUGGUCUAGCCUGCGAACGACUACAACCCAUCUUUAUUUGCGGACUACAUCUCGCUCGGUUUGAUUGUGCCAUCGACUAUAUUUUUAUAAACUUGCGGUACGCACUUUUCGUGGUGUCGAACUUACCCCAAGACGUCGACGCGGGUGAUGUCUUCCUGAUAAUAUUAAACUACGAUUACCAACCGAACGUUGUUUCCGAGGACCUUCCAGACGGCACUGUUUUGCUCUCCGUUCGCGACCCCCUCCACCUGACUACUGUUUCCAGUGCUUCCUGCGAGAAUAGCGACAAUUCUACUACUCUGCUCUACAACCUACUUCCACCACAACAGCAGCAACAACCAUCACCACUAGGUAGCGGUAGCCCCUCCUCCGGUGCCGCAGUCCUCUCCAACUCCUCCGCCUCCUCCACUUCGCCAAACCUAGGCGGAGGUCAACAGCAGCAGCGCUACAACUGUCAACCCGUCCUGGACGUCCUUCUGCCGCCCUUUUCUCGCCCCAGU